GUUUUUUCUAGUUUUUGUUUUGUAGACUUUAGUAUUUUUUAAAAAAACUAUUUGAAAUUUUUAAAUAAUGCAGUUGAUACAAAGUAUUAUGAAUAUUUUAAUAUUGGUUUACAGUUUUUCACUUUUAAUAAGCGCAGAAAAAGUUGAUCUACGUUAUAUAACUUUAUUUGAAAGAACAAUAUCCGGAACUUUUAUUCCUCCUCAAACCGGUGAAUACAAAUUUUACAGUAGCUGCAACUUACCAUGCAAUGUGUUUUUGGGCUUCAAUAAUCCAUCUGUUGGUCUAGUAAAAAUUAUUAAUCAAAAUAAUAAAGUUAGAGAUCUAAUUUUUGACGAGUUUCCAAAUCAAGUUUCGCAUUUAAUUUAUUUGCAAACUGGAAUACCAGUCUACUUAAGAGCAUCGACAAUAUACAAAAAAGACGGAGGUCAUGUUCCAAAUCUAUCUGUUGGUGUUCUUUUACCUGAUGACACAAGUAUGUUUCCAAUCUCGCAUAAUUUAUUAAGAAAUGUAAGCAUUCAAAAUCACCGCAUCAAAAAUGAAGAUAUUUUAAUCAAAAGCAAAAUGCGAAAAAUGCAGAUGAUCAGAAGAAAAAAUAAGAGAAAAAAUUUCAAAAAGAUAAUUUUAUCUAUACCUCAAUUUCUUUCUAACAAAAUAAACAAAAUAAUAUUCGAUAUCAUUAGUAAGCCAUCUAAAGUAGACUUUACUAAUUCUAAUAUGAAAAUUAAAAAUCUUUUGACGGAAGGUUUAAACAGUCAUAAAAAAGACCUCAAUUAUCCACAAAAGCUAAACAGUUAUCACUUAAAUCAUAUUAAUAACCAAUAUAUGAUUGAACGUGAAUCGAAUUAUAAGAAACCACAAGAAUCUAACCACAGGAAAAACCACGAGAAACCAAAAGAAUUGAAUCACAAGAAUUAUUUGAGUGAUUAUCACAAUAACACAAGGUUUAAAAAUAUAAAACUUGUUAAUUUGAUGUUAGAUGAAAACCAAACAUCAUUGAGUGAUGUUGACAACAAACUAAAGGAAAACAUAAGAAAGUAUUUGCAAGAUGUUGAAUCUUCAAAUAAUACUGAAUCAACAGAGAGUUUCGUUCAAAGAAUGAUAAAUACUUAUAACAUUGCUAAAAAAAAAUACUCUCGCAAAGUAAAUGCAACCUAUGGCGUUUCCAGUAAUCGAACAAAGAGCGUUGACAAAUACUAUUCUCGAAAGAAGAUAAACACUCAUUCGACUCCUGAAGAUAAGCACAAUGAGUUUAGCAACACAAAUGAUAUAAGUUUACAAACAUUAGAUGAUUUACUGAGAAAAAAGUUGGAAUCUUCAGAUAUAGUGUUUGAUCUAAGUGGUACAUUUGAACCUUUAGAAAACCCUACAAUAAACGAUGGCGUAUUAGUUUUAGAAAAUAUUUUUGAAAACAAUAAAAAAGUAUCGGGGCUUCAACUACUUACCCAUGAAUUCCAAAAAAUCUUAAAGUCAAUGAAUUUAACAAACUUAUCUAAGUUUGUAACACCCUUAUUUGUAAAAGAAUUUAUAAGAAGUAAAUCUUUGAACCCUAAAUUAAACGAGAACAUUAAUUAUUUUUAUAGAAAAAUUAUUAGAAAAAUGCAACAGUCAACUAAUGAAGAAACAUAUAAUCAAUCAGUAGCAGUUAAAGAAAAGAAGCCUGAUGUUUUUCACGAUUAUGGGUUUAAUAUAAACAAUACUUUAGAGAAGCAAAGAGAUUCUAUUUCCCGUAAUCACUUAAACCAAUUGCUAUAUGUUGUGCUUAAUACCGUUUUACAAAAUCAGACGGCAAGAAAUACUCUUGACUUAAAUAAACAAUUAAAUAGUCAAUCGUUCUUAACUUUACAACCCUCACUAGACAUUCGUUCAAACUUUGACCCAAGUUUAAACUCAGUUUAUCAAGCAAACGAUCUUCUGAAAAAACAAGAAAAAAAGAUUAAAAAAAUCACACUUAUGAAAAAAUACGAUAAAAAAAAAUACAUACCCAACCAAAUAGAAACAACAAACGCUGUACUAUUAACAGCGAUAAGGGAGAUAAUUGAAAAGAUAAACGCAAUAAAGGAAUCAUUACAAGAUGAAAAGAAUAAUACUACAUUAAAGUGACAAAUAACAUUACGAAAACAAAAAUAAUAAAGCUACGUGAAGGCGUAGUUCCUUAUACAAAUUUACGUGUGACGUAUAAUACGUUUCUAUCCCGCUUUGCAUUACAAUUAGAAGUGGGAAAAACAGAGACGGUUGUGCGUCAAGGAACUUAAUAAUACGACUGAGUAAUUCAUUUAUAAAAAACACUUCAACGUUUUGUGUUAAAAUUGCAAUUAAAUACAAUAUUAAACUUUUA